AUAAAUUAUAUUAAUUAUAAAAAUAUAAUUAUAAAUAAAUUAAUUAAAAAUUUAACAAUAUAUAAAAAAAAUUUAAAAAUAUAUAAAUUUAAUAAUUUUUAUAAAAAAAAAACUCCUUUAGAAUUUAUAAAUUAUUUAUAUAAAAAUUAUAUAAAAAAAAAUAAAAUUAAUAAUAAAAUAAUAAAUAAAAAUAUUAUAAAAAAAAUAGAUAGGGAUGAUUUUGAUAUAUUAUUAGAUUUUGCUAAUAUAAAAAUUAAAAAUACUAUAAAACCUAUAUAUGGUUUAUUAUUAAAUACUAAUACUCAACAAUAUAUAUAUAAAAUUUUAUAUUAUUUUAAUAAAAAAAUAAUAAAAUUUAUAAAUAUUAAUACAACAAUAAUUAAUAUUUAUAAUAUAUAUUCUUUAUAUAUUGGUAAUUAUAAAAAUAUAUUUAUUUUUAUAAAUGAAAUUUAUAAUAUAUUAAAAAAUAAAUCUUUAAAUAAAUAUUUAUCCUCUAAAUAUUCAUUAUUAAUAAUUUAUAAUUCUAUUAUUUUCUCAAUACUUUAUAUAAAUAAUAUAAAUAAAUUAAAUUAUUCAUUAUCAAAUAUAAUAAUAAUAGCAAAAAAAAUAUCUAAUUUUAUUCAAAUUAUAAAAUGUAAUAAUAUUGAAUCAACUAUAAUAAAAAAUAAUAUAUUUUCUUUAUAUGACAUAAAUAUUAUAAAUAAUUCAUUUAUAAAAUAUAAAUUAAAUGAAUGUGAUUAUUGUCCUAUUCCUUUAAGUAUAUCUUUAUAUACUAAAAAAAAAGAAAAUUCAAAUAUAUUAAAAUUUAAUUCUUCAAUAAAUAAUACUUUAAAUUUUUUAAAUUUAAUUUAUACAAAAGAAAAAAUAGAUUGGUCUAUUGAUUCUAAAAUAAAUAUAAUAUUUUCAAAUUUAAUACCAAUAGGAUCUGGAUGGUAUAGAUUAUUUUAUAAUUCUUAA